UUUCACCGAACAGAAGAAGAAGAAAAAUACCGGCGUGCGUUGCGGAGCAGCGGAGGUAAAGCUCAGAGAAAAGUAGCGUUCGCGGUCCCCCGAACAUGGACGAGCGGGACACCGCGGCGAUCCUCCCCGACGACGACGACGACGACGACGAGCUCAACGCUCCGUCGACCGACGGUGAAACCACCGGGUCGCGUAGCAACAUAGAGGAGUCCGACGUCGCGGCCGUACCGACAACCCGCUCGUUACGCCCGCCGUCGAGAUGCCGGCUGCCGGUGUCCGUGGAGCCGGUGCUGUUCCUCUCCAUGUUCUCCGUGGCGCUGCAGGCGCCGCUCUCCACCCAGUAUCUGUGGGACCGCAUCAGCGAGGACCUGGGCUACAACGGCUCCGGGAGGGCGGCGUGCGGCAACGGCUCCGUGCCUCCGGACCCGCUGCAAACGGAGGUGGAGACCAUGACGGCCCACUGGAACCUGUACAUCAGCCUCGGCGGCUUCUCUCUCGGCCUGUUGGUGGUGCCGUUCCUGGGCUCGUGGAGCGACCUCGCGGGUCGCCGACCGGUCCUCAUCAUCCCCAACUUCGGCAUGGCCCUCCAAGUGCUGGUCUACCUCCUGGUGAUGUACCUGAAGCUGCCCGUGGGCUGCUUCCUGGCGGGCAGGCUGCUCGCCGGCCUUUCGGGGGACUUCAACGCCAUCCUGGCCGGCUGCUUCGCGUACGUGGCCGACACCAGCGACAGAAGGGCCCUCACCUUCCGGGUGGCCGUCUUGGAGGCUUGUCUGGGCGUCUCGGGGAUGCUCGCCAGCAUCAUCGGGGGGCAGUGGCGGCGGGCGCAAGGGUACAUCAAUCCCUUCUGGCUGGCCCUGGCCGCCAACCUGGCGGCGGCUCUGUACGCGUACCUGUUCGUCCCCGAGUCGGUCCGGCCCGACCCGACCGCCAAGCUCCUCACCUUCCGCCACCACCAGGCCGCCUGGCGCCUCUUCUCGACGGGUGGCGGCGGCGAGUCGGUGCAGGGGCCGCGCCCCAGGAGCCGGCUGUGGCUGUACACGCUGUGCUUCUUCGCGGUGGUGACGGUGCACACCGGCACCCGGGAGCUGCUGGUGCUGUUCGAGCUGAGCUCGCCGCUGUGCUGGGGCCCGGCGCUCAUCGGCUACGGGUCGGCGGCGCAGCACCUGGCCUACCUGAGCAGCCUGCUGGGGCUGCGGCUCAUGCAGCGCUGCCUGGAGGACCACUGGGUGGCGUUGGUCGGCCUGGCCUCCAACGCCGUCGGGCUGGUGGUGUUCUCCGUGGCCGACUCCACCCAGCUCAUGUUCACAGGUUACGGGCUGUGUUUCCUCUCCAUGGCCGCGACCCCCGUGAUCAGGUCAAAGCUGUCGAAGCUGGUGGGCCCAUCAGAACAAGGGGUCCUGUUCGCCUGCGUCGCCUGUGUGGAGAGCUUGUGCUUCCUGGUGGGCAGCGGCGUCUUCAACGCCCUCUACCCGGCCACGCUGCACUUCAUGAAGGGCUUCCCCUUCCUGCUCGCCGCCGCCAUCCUCCUCGUGCCCGCUGGAAUCAUCGGAGUUUUGCAGUGUUGGGACCGGAGGAGAGAACACCGGGACGCCACGGCGUCCUGACCGGCAGACUUCACCCCGGGGUCGGUCUCGCAGGCGUCCACGCCGUCGGUUUGGUCUUGGUUCCCCUUCAGGAAGCGGAGGAUCUUCUCGAUCGUGGCCUCCUGGUAUUCGUGGGAC